AUGGCCAACGCAAAGGAAAGAGAGAAGCAGCUGCAUCGCGCACGUCUUGUCGCCAGUGUCGCAGCAACAAUCAUAUCUCUCGCCUGUGGCACCAACUAUGUAUAUUCGGCAUGGGCGCCUCAAUUCGCCGAGCGAUUGAAGCUGUCUUCGACCGAGACGAACGUCAUAGGGCUCUCGGCCAACCUAGGAAUGUACUCGUUAGGUGUUCCUGUCGGCAUGCUGGUUGAUCACAAAGGACCUCGCUCUGCCGUCAUUAGUGGCUCCAUCCUGCUCGCCCUCGGCUAUUUCCCCUUCCAUGUUGCCUACGACCGCGCGGCCGGUGCUGUUCCGCUUCUCUGCUUCUUUUCAUACCUCACCGGCCUGGGCGGAUGUAUGGCGUUCGCCGCCGCCGUCAAGACGUCUGCCCUGAACUGGCCACAUCAUCGCGGUACGGCAACUGCCUUUCCCCUCGCUGCCUUCGGCUUGAGCGCCUUCUUCUUCUCGACGUUUGGCACUCUUUUCUUCCCGGGAAACACCAGUGCUUUUCUGGCCCUGCUUUCAUUCGGCACGUGCGGCUUGACGUUUCUCGGCUUUUUCUUCCUGCGUGUGUAUCCUCAUACCAACUACCAAAGCCUGCCCGCCAGUGAUGUGUUGACGGGCUCCCAACUUCUUCACCGUACGUCUUCGGAGGAGGCCAAACCCAACCGCCCCGGUCAUGGGCAUCGCGCCGCGUUGGUUGAACCUGGUACGUCGCCCAAAAUUACAAAUACUACUGCCACCACCACAAUCGACUCCAACACCGACAGCGAGCCGGUUUACCCUCGAAACGAACCCUCAGCGCCGUCUCACGAGGCUGAUGAGGCGCAAAUCGAAGCCGUCGACGACGCCGAUGAUUAUGAGCCCGAUGAGACGUCCUCGCUAGUGUCGAGCUCCUCUUCUAUGCCUGGUGAUGUUUUUGUGCAGAGUAGUGUUGAUAUGGAUCGUUCCCAUCGUGUAGAUAUCCGUGGUUGGAACCUGUUUCGUGAGCUCGACUUUUGGCAGUUGUUUUGCAUCAUGGGCAUUCUUACCGGCAUCGGUUUGAUGACAAUCAACAAUAUCGGAAAUGACGUGAAAGCCCUCUGGCGUCACUGGGACGAGUCGGUUGACGAAGCCUACCUCAUCACUAUGCAACAGCUGCACGUAUCUAUACUGUCUAUCUGCAGUUUUGCCGGUAGACUAUUAAGCGGUGUUGGGUCGGACUUCAUUGUCAAAGUACUCCACGGAAGCCGGGUUUGGUGCCUCGUUGCUUCUAGUGCCGUCUUCUUCGUUGCCCAGGUUGUAGCACUCAACGUUACCAACCCUCAUCUCCUGGGCUUAGUGUCGGGGUUGUCCGGCAUCGCGUACGGUUUUCUCUUCGGAGUGUUCCCCUCCAUUGUGGCCGAGACCUUCGGGAUUCACGGCCUCAGUCAGAACUGGGGCCUCAUGACACUUUCUCCCGUUGUCUCGGGCAAUAUUUUCAAUAUCUUUUACGGCAAGAUCUAUGAUAAGCACUCAAUUCUUGGACCAGAUGGCGAGCGUGUUUGCCAUGAUGGACCAGAAUGCUAUCGCGCUGCAUACCUGAUGACCCUGGCAUCGUGCUCUGUUGGUCUUGUCCUGACACUCUGGGUAAUUCGCCACCAGCGCGUGAAAUGGGCCAAGGAGGAAAAGGACAAGGCCGAGCAGGUGGAUUAG